ACAGAAGCGAGAGAUUUGUCUCUGGCGGAGGCUGCCCGACCCGACUGGACCACACACGCUGCUGCUCAGGAAUUGUCACGAGAUGCACAGCGUCGUCGUCGUGGAGUGUACGAAGCUAAACUAAUUGCCCGCGAUUAUGCCACCGUUGGUUGACAAGAAAACGCAAGCGAUACGAUACUAAUCCUCAUACCUGACUGAAUUAGUUUGCUCGCCGGAUAUCAAUGAGCUUUCAGGCUGAUACUUAUCCUUGUGACAGUGUGUUCCUCUCUUGUGUCCUAGACCACAAGGAAUUCUUCGCUUGUUCGGCGGGCGGAGGACGGUCCCGCUAAAGGUGUGUUCAAGAGCGACCUUUCAUGGGGUCCAGCAAAGCCAAGUGAAAUUCUGGCGGUGCAAGCGGUGCAAAGAGAUUAGCAGCUGCUCUCAAAAGGAGUGCCUCUCCUGUACGUUUUACCGGAAUACCAUAUGGAUCCCGGAGCACAGCAACAGAGGAUUCCUCCUCAUGCAUCCGAACUCCAUGCCACAAACCCCGUGGUAUCGCCGAGCACUACAUCCGCAGACUCGACAGCCGUGAAGAUAUGUAGACAAAGUGCUCGAUCUCUAGUCAAGGACGAGGGGCAGGAGGAAGAGAAGGAUUCCUUUUGGGUUGUAGUUCCGGAGGAGGCCCAAGAGGAGAGGUGGAUUUCGCUGUCUGUCCUGGACAAGUUCAUCUUGCCGAUCUAUAUACCAGUCUACUUCAUCUACGAUGCUAUUUCAGCCGACUGCUUCGACUCGUUCGUGGACAAGGUCCGCCACUCGCUGGCCAAAGUGCUCGUCCCGUACUACCCCUGGGCUGGAAGGCUCAAGAAGAACCCGGAGACGCAGUCGUGGGAUCUCCACUGUGACAACGGAGGUGCCGAGUUUAGAGUGGUUCAUGUGGACGAGGAGCUGCGCAAGACGGUCUUCUGCCGGCCGUGCUUGCAGCUCCGGCUGCUGGCCCCUCGAUUGAAUGCGGUCCCUCGAGAGGAUGCUCCUCCCGUCGCAGCUCUCUCCGUCCAGGUGACGCGCUUUAGAUGCGGCGCUGUGGCGCUUGGUUGCAGCUUCCACCACCAAUGCGGGGACGCACACGCCGUCUCCAUGUUCAUGCAGGCGUGGUCACAGCUGACGCGAGGAAAGACCCUGUCCCAGGAUCCCAUCCACGACAGGUCGGCUUUCGUGGCCGCCACCACCGGCGCCAGCGUCUCAAGCGCCUCUACUGGCUCGAAUCCAUCGGCAGCUCCUCCGGCUGCCAUUGUCGGAACCAAAUCAUGUCAUUCGACACCAGCACCAGCAAGCGACAGUGGCGAAUCCAGUGUGGAGGACGACUUUGGCGAGUCCUGCAUCGAAGGGCUGGUUUACGACAAGGAGGCACUGCGGGAGCUCAAGGCCAUGGCUCCUCCGGGCACCACUUCCUUCGAGGCCGUCACCGCCUUCGUGGUGCGCAACGUGAUGAAGCUCGACGACAGCGACGCCAUGGCCAAGUUCGUGCUCAUGGUCGACUUCCGCGCCUGUUUCGACGCCGCCACGUUUGCCGGCAACUUGGCGCUCCCAAAGGCCGUGGUCAUGCCCCGCGCGGACUUCGUUGACGGGCCCCUGGCCAACUCGGUCUCGCCGGUCCACGAGGCGGUCAAAGGGGCCGACGAGGCCUACUUCCGGGCGUUCGUGGCCUACGCGGGAAGAGGACCACCCAGCAAGGAGCGCGCUAUGGCCAUCUCCAGCUGCGCCAGGGUGGGGCUCUACGACGUCGAGUUUGGCUAUGGCGGGCCUUGCUUCGCGGGGAUCAACCCCCCGGUUCCCAGGCUCGUCCCGCAAUUCUUGCUCUUCCUUCCAAAUGCGAGCAAGGGCGAUGGGUUUGUGGUCUACUUGCAGCUGGACAAGGCUUUGAUGAACAAGUUGCUCCAAGAUCCCGAGUUCUCCUCCAUUGGCGCCAAGUACGAGCCAUUAAGCAUGACGACUGAUAAUGACGAGGAGGAGGAGCGAGUGACCACUUCUUCGCCACAGCAUUCCCGGAUCUAAGUUUAAGCAGUCCCGAUGAAUUGAAUGAUUUGGCUGGUUUCAUGUGAGA